AUGGAUCCCGGCAACCAGCAGAGCCCUGAACAGCAGUCGGCCGAACGCCAACUCGCAGAUAGAUCUCCUGCCAACUCACGUCCUAGUAACGCGAGUGGAACCACCCAGCCGCAAACACAGCCUGGCCUGGAGCCACUCGCUGACGGCACUGCUCCCAAGAAACGGAAGCAUCAUGGGCACAGAAGACGCAGACACCGUCGACAGUCCUUCGCCCCGCCGCCCGACACGCCUAGGCCAGACUCCGAUACUGGGCGAGCUGGUGUCUCCCCUGGGCGAGGAGAUGGAUCUCAAUCCACCAGUACAACUGCGAUUCAGCACCGUGCUUCUGUUUACCGUCUUGGCCAAUUGGGCCGUAACAACCCGAGUGAGACAAGUCUGGAUAGCGAUGCUUUGUUGGAUCACAGACACCAGCCAAUGAUGCGCCCGCGUCGGGAGAGCCGGCUUGCACAGAGCUAUCGUCCGGAACCACAACAACUUUCCUCUCGGCCCCCGGUUCGAGCCCAAACUCCGACUGCCCCGUCCCAGGUGAUGGAUGAGGAGGAAUCCGAGGAAGAAGACGAUCGAACACCGUUGAUAAAGCCCAGCUCUGUCCAUAACUCCAGUUUUGUGCGGUACGGGACAAGUGCAGGCACAGAAGAACAUUCAGUUGCUCCCUCGCCCGAAGGCCGGAAGUCGGUAGCAUCGUCUUUCCGCUCAACCGUUCCGUACUCUAUCGGCACUGCCCGUAGCUUAAGACGAGAAUACGAUGUUAACAAUCCGCCUUCAGUCCCCGGAAGCCCUCACACGGGCCCAGAGACUGGCUUCGAUGACCCGAUGAUUGGUGGCCAUGACUUCGACCACACGUCUCCGGAACACACUAGCGCAGUCAGUGUGCCUUGCCAUGUUAUAGAUGUUGACGGAGAAGGGCAUGGCUCUAUGAGUAACUCGUCAACUACUUCCCAAAAAUUCGUCUCUCCAGAGCUCCAGCGACGACGGACAGUUACUCUUCCUGUUGAAGAAGACGUUUGCUUUCCAGGCGCAUUGUCGGAUUUGGGUGAAGAAGAGUACCCUCCUCGUCCCCCGCUAGAAGACACCUUUGGAGGUGGGCGCAGACGGAGGCGGAGACGGAUCUGGCCAGAUCUUUCGGUAUUGAGAGAAUGGAGCCGCGAAGAGAAGGAAGAACGCAGCGGGGGGGUACGGGCGAAGAAGAUAUACGAACCAGUGCUUAUCGGAGGAAGGUUGCGGCCGCAUAAUGCGAGAUGGGUACGUGAAGAGGAAGAUGCUCCAUAUCGGUUCACAUAUUUCAACGAGGAGUUCCAGAGCACGAUCCACAGUCAGACAAUUUCAGAACUCGUGCAACCUGGCCAAACAUUCCGUGACCUUUUCAUUCCUGAUCCCCCAGAACUAGAAGACGAUUCGUCAGACGAAUCAGAUGAUCAGGACCCAACUCCCCAUCAACAGCAUCGGGAUAAUGGGACGGGAAUUUCUGAAGGCUUUCCCGACGGGCCAACCUUCCAAAGAGAAACGAUACGGGCCGCGUCCUACUUUUCUGGGCUGGGAUACGACACCAUUUUGCAACUCCACUCCAACGAGAAAUUGGUGACAACCGACUCCGGCGAAGGUGGUGACGGGCCUUUACCGUCUGGGUCGGACAUGCUCAGGCGCGUUGGCGAAUGCCGCAAGAAAGUCAUGAGCCUCUAUCGAUUACUUGGAAAUAAAGCGGACGUGAUCAAGGGGUUUGCAAAGCGGUGCAACGAGCAGUGGGAGGUCGCACCUAAGUCUGAAAUUGGACUUUAUCUCGGCGAUAUUCAAGACCACAUCGUUACUAUGACGAGUAACUUGAACCAUUAUGAAACGCUGCUAUCACGGGCGCACUCGAACUAUCUCGCACAAAUCAACAUCCGCAUGAACGAACGGCAGGAGAAGACCGCUGACGUACUCGGCAAGCUUACUGUCCUUGGUACCAUCGUACUCCCCAUGAAUAUCAUCUGCGGCAUGUGGGGUAUGAACGUCAAAGUUCCUGGGCAGGAUAUUGACAAUUUAUACUGGUUCUGGUCCAUCACCGCCGGCCUCGUUGUCUUCGCAGUUGCCUGUUUCUACAUCGCCAAACGAGUGUACGGAAUUGUAUAG